AUGGUGCAAUUUAAUGGGACGUAUAAGCUGGAGAAGAAUGAAAACCUGGAUGAAUUUCUGAGUAAGAUGGACGUGGGCUUCAUGAAGAGGAAACUGGCGCUGUCAGUGAAGCCGACCGUGGUGGUGGAGGUGGAGGGGGACAAGUGGAAGCUGGUCACCCACACCCCUGCCAGCACUGUCACCUGGACCUUCACCCUAGGCGCUGAGGUGACGCUGCCCACGAAUGAUGGCCGGGAAGUGAGGGCCGUGUUCACGCUGGAGGGAGACAAGUUGAUUCAGAAGACCCUCAGUGGGAAGGAGGCGGAGGUGGACAACGUUAGGGAGUUCACGGAGGACGCCCUCAUAAUGCUCUCCGUCAGGUGGCGCCCGCACCGGCUGAGGUUCUGUGAGGCGGGACGACACGAUGGGGGCAGGGGGUGGCUGUGUUGUGGCUGUGUGGCUGUGUGGCUGUGUGUGGCUGUGUAUCAAGGGUUCUCGUGUGCACAGCCGCGGUGGUCGUCCUAG